AUGGCGAGGCCCGAGGAGGAUGAGCCACCGCCGUUGGGUCCCAGCGUCUUUGCGGUGACGGUGCUACCGGACGACAUGCCUGGCGUGUUUCAAUUGCGCCUCGUUGACAACCGUGGGGACCACACGACGAUCGUCGCCCAAGUGCAGCGACGCUGGCAGGAUUUUGUGCAGCUCGACCAGCUGGUGCGGUCCAUGGCGCCGAAGUUUGACGCGCCACCGCCCGAUGCGUGGAAACGCUCCUCGCAGGAGAAGGAUACGGACGAAAAGGGAAAAGGGAGACAGAAGCAGCAGCAGGAGUACAUGCAGGAAUACCUUUCCACGGCCAUCGCCUUCCCCACGCUGAGCCUCCUGAAGGAUUUACAGAACUUUAUCGGCUACAGUGAUUUUGUGCGGCAGGUACGGCAGCAAGUUGCGGAUCGUCAGACGACAUCCGUCAAACUGCGCCACGUGUCGCCGUCUUCUCCAUCCCUCCCCGUCGCGGUGUCAAAGAAAUCACCAAACCGCCGUCUUCUCUCCUCACCCACAUCCGAUGGCGAUGGCGGUGCCAGCAAAAUGGAUGGCCGCAUUAACAAAAGGGAUGUUACUGACGAUGCGAAGAGGGCAGAAAAUAAACCCGAGCACAGCGAUCGCUACUUUCUGCCGCCAGAGGGACAUCACAUGCUAGAGGAAUGUUUCCGCAUCAUGGACGCUGGUGCCGCCGGGUAUAUCACGCCAGAGGACAUGAAAGAGUUCUUCAUGUGCGUCGAUGCGGGCGGUGGUGACAUUCUUCGACUGGGGAAGGAUGAAGCAUGUAACUGUGAGCACUUUGUCGCCACCGUUGAACGUGCGCUGUGCAAUGGGGGGCCCACGCACACCGUUGAGGAGUGGGUGGAUCGCUACUGGCUGUUGCAGUAUCGCAAAAUUUUCAUGGCCGUUGCCGGGCUUCUCAGCUGGAGAGGCGAGGCGACGCCACCCGACUUCGAGCCAACCCAUCCGUUUGACAAGUUCGAGCUUGCCUCCCUGAUGUAUAUUCUCACCGAGGCCGGCCUACGCCUUGUGAGUGCAGAGGAGGUGGUGAAUUGGGUGCGCUGCGGAAGACAUCAACGAGGCUGCGCCCUCACGAUGGAGGAGUUAUCCGCCCUGUUAGACACGUUGACAAAGGCAGUGCCCUUCUCCGAGGUGUGGCUCGCCCUCAUGCCCCACCACGGCAGCCAGCAAAAGAUACUGCGGAUCACCGCGACAUACGCCUCUGUUGCUGACAACACGGUGGUGGAAGAGAUACGCGAGCUUGUCAUACAACUGCGGCGGGCGGCACCAACAGAAGAAUUGUGCGUCAAUUGCCACCGCCUCGAGGAAAGUCUUCAGCAGCAGGCCGCGCGGCUUACGGAGUCCGAGGCGGCGCGAGAGAAUCUGCUGGUCCAUGUGCGUUACUUAGAAAAGCGUCUGGAGGAGCGGCAGGAGGCCCUCGCGCAGCUGCAGCAGGAGUACCAGCACGCGCAGACGUUGUUAGACGAUGCCGAACUUCGUGACGUGGAGUUGAGCGUAGCAGCGGAAGAUGCGAGGCGAGAUUGCUUGGCAAAUGCGCCCAGAGGCGAGGCGGGGUCCAGUCUCGUUGCCGCUUCGCCUCCCCUCCUACAACUCAUGCCGUGCGGUAGCGUCGCCCAGCACGCCGCACCUCUGAUGCCGUCUUGUUCGAACUCUCCGCCGCCCAUUUUGAGCAUCUGUGGGGCUGUUACGUAUACGCUCCCAGAAGAGUUGUCGCUGCCGUCCGAAUGGAGCGUGGAUGUUUUUUGGUGCGACACGACAUGCGGCAGCCGAAACAAAACAGAGCGACUUGUCUUCCGUGACGCCGAUGGGCAACGUAGUUGCGCCUUUCUCUUCAAGAACAACGAGUUGCACGUCAUGGCGCAGCGAAAGGGGACGACGAGUGACGAUAACGACGCAUCAUCGUUCCGCCUCGCUCCACGGCGUUGGUACCGCCUGCGUUGUUUCCUCGAUUGGCGGGAGAAAAUUUUUUCCGUGACGCUCGUGGAAGGCGGCGGCGGGAAUAAUGCGGGGUGUUUGAAGAAGACGGUGCCGCCGUUGUUGUCAUGCGGGCCAUUCGCGAUGGUGGAUGAGCAUGUGCGUGGUGUCACCGUUGUGGAUAUAUUUCCGCGGACGGUGCUGUUGGUGAGUUACUGCAACUUCUUUCUGCGUUACUUUGGCUGA